GAGGCGGGGCCGUGGAAACUUGAGUGCCCGCCCUGCGAUGCGCCCCGCCCCGGCCUCCGCCUCCGGUCCCGCCUUCUCUUCCCUUCCUUCCCGGGCUGGCGGCGGCUGCGGGUGGUGGACCUGCAGAGCGGCGGUCGCCUACACCUCGCUCUCUCCUGGGCCGGCGGAUCCUUUUGUCUCUCCAAGCGGUGAAGGUCGCAGAGUCGGCGCGGCGGUUGCGGGCGCACUGACGCCCGUUCUAUUGGUUAUCUCCCCAGCCUCAGCCACCGCCGAACUUGAGCUCGAGAAGCCAGCGGAUCGCGUCCAGUUCCGGAGCCGACUGCUGCGAGCUGUUUUCCUCCCCAGAAGAACGCUGCAGCGGUAAGCACUAAACACCCAGGAGUCUCCCAAGCACUGGCUCAACCGGCUAGAGCGCGAGCAGCCAGCCAGCCGCUGGGAGACGCUGCCCAGGUCCCAUGGCUUAGCACCUCAAGACUGAAUGGUACCUGUGGGCCAGCUUUUGUUCAAGGCUGCUCUGUGAAGUCUAGAUACUGAGGACGGUCUCGAGACAUUGAGGGGCAUGGUCUAGCAGCUCAGUCAAGCCUGUGCAUCAUCUGAUCCCCAGCAGUUCUGGUCCCCCUUGGCCUCUACUUGGCUCUAGGUUUAGUCUCCACUGCCAGCUGCCAUGGGCAAGCAGAACAGCAAACUGCGGCCUGAGGUGCUGCAGGACCUGCGGGAACACACAGAGUUCACUGACCAUGAGCUGCAGGAGUGGUAUAAGGGCUUCCUCAAGGACUGUCCCACCGGCCACUUGACAGUGGACGAAUUCAAGAAGAUCUACGCCAACUUCUUCCCCUAUGGCGACGCCUCUAAGUUUGCCGAACACGUCUUCCGCACCUUUGACACCAACAGCGAUGGCACCAUCGACUUCCGGGAGUUCAUCAUCGCACUGAGCGUGACCUCUCGGGGCAAGCUGGAGCAGAAGCUCAAGUGGGCCUUCAGCAUGUACGACCUGGACGGCAACGGCUACAUCAGCCGCAGUGAAAUGCUGGAGAUUGUGCAGGCCAUCUACAAGAUGGUGUCCUCCGUGAUGAAGAUGCCCGAGGAUGAGUCCACACCCGAGAAGCGAACAGACAAGAUCUUCAGGCAGAUGGACACAAACAAUGAUGGCAAACUGUCCCUGGAAGAAUUCAUCAAAGGUGCCAAGAGCGACCCGUCCAUUGUCCGGUUGCUGCAGUGUGACCCCAGCAGUGCUAGCCAGUUCUGAGGGGAACGGGCUUUUGGACAGUUGUGAGAAACACAGGCUUGACCUGCCAUCUUCAGCUUUGCUUGCAAAAGUGGAUUCCUCCGUGAUCUCUCCUGCUCUCCCGGGACCUGGGCCAGGCAGCACAUCACACCCACCCGACCUGCCCAGCCGCAACUCCCUCCUCUAUCUGAUCCGUCCGUUCGAUAUCCCUCCCCCUCCAGUCCAGGUUGGUUCCUUCCAAGGGUUCAAGUGUUCUCGGCUGUAGGGCUCCUCCCUGCCCACAGAGGGCCCGGAGGCCCUUAAGGACACCAGACACGACUUUUCAGUAUCCUACCGAGACCAGCUGAUUCAUUCUAUGAUCCCAGGUGACUUUGUGGGGAUGAAGAAGAUGGAGAGUAGACAGGCAAGCCCUUCCUGUGCAUGGCUCCACCUCCCUUGUUCAUUUUCUCUGACCAAAGCCGCUUGCACGUACAUACCGUGGUCUCCUUACUUUUAAUGUAUGAGUUAUGUGUACGGUGAGAUGGACUCUAACGUUUAGCCCCUGUAUUUAAUGCCUCUGACUGCCUUUGAAGCAUGGUCCCCUGUGGCCUGUGACCCCACCCCACCCCCAAGUCUGGCUGUGCUGUGGUAUUUAUGCAUUCGUGAUUUGCCUGAUUCCACAGGAGAUACAUGCAUGCCCAGGGCUGCGGACAUCUGCCCUCCGUGCUGCAAAUACAGGUGUUUCCGUGUGCUCCGUCCUCUUCUGUAAAUUGGUCUGGCAUAUUAAAAUGAUCAAAUAAAA